AUGGAGGAGGUGAUGCUGUGCACUGCGGCCGCAGGAGGCGUCGCCACUGAGAAGGAGGCGGAGGCGGUCCUGCUCUGCACGCGCCUGUACGCGAUCCUGGCGAGGCACGAGCCGCGGGAGGAGGAGGACGUAGGAGUGAAACCAAAGGAGGCUGCGCAGUGGAAGGUGCUGAGGAGGAAGGUGCAACUCGCUGAGGCCGGAAAGUGGCAUCAGCUGGUGGAUAAGCUUGCCGAGGAGCUGCGGAGAAGCGAGGCCUCCGAUGAGGAGAGGCGCGCGUGGGCCAGAGAGGACGCUGAGGAUGAGGGUGCAGCGCGGCGCCGGAGACGAGGAGUGGCGAUCGGCAAAGUGAAGUGCGAUUGCCCUCGCACGGGAGCACAGUUGCUCCGGGGGCAGUCGAUGCUUCCGCCUUGCCGCGCCACGGCGGACGCCCAGAAGAAGCUGCUGGUGCUGGAGACUAGUGCUGCCGACGACGUUCACCUCAGCACGGAGUUGGCCAGCGCGCGAGCUGCAGGCAGCGAGCCGCGUGCCAGGCUUCGCGUGCUGGCGAGGUGGACGCAGCAGUGGGCCGACGGCGCUUUCCCGCCCUGGGUUGUUGCGACGCUGCAGGAGCGGGUCCUGAGGCCACCCAGGAAACCCAACGGGAAGCCCCGGAACAUCUCUCUCAUGGAGUGCGUCCUGAAGCUUGCCAGUGGCAUUGUGCAAGAUGUCAUCAGGGAGAUAGGCGCGAAGAACGGCACAGGAGAGGGACUGCAUUGGUCGCAGUACGGAGGCCAGCCGGCAGGGCCAGAACUCAUGCUCAUGGUUGGGCAGGGCAUGAUGAACCUGAAGCCCGACCUCGCCUACGUCAACCUGGACGGCGAGAACGCCUACGGCCGCAUGAACAGG